UUUUUUAUGGUCCAUUAUAGUCCAUCAUAUUGGGAAAAGAAAGCAACCCAAUUGUGGCACAGCGGCAAGUUGCAAGAACACUUCCAACUUCCAAAUCGUUCUUGCGAUUUCUCCAACGGUUCAAAACUCUUCCAAUGACCGCAACAACAUUGUCGCCCACACCCGCUUUUGUUAGCGGCACUCAAAAGCGGGCAGCCAAACGGCAAGCCGUCCAACAGUUUGUGCAUUCAUUACUCCAGACUCACGACACCAAUGACACUGGUACCGAGCCUACAUGGUCCUGUUGUUCCAAGACAUUUACGACCCAUUCAAGCAUAUCCCGACACAUUCACACAGCACAUGCCGACAAACUAGCAGCUCUUGAAUCCCAUUUCCUCGCAUCCCCACCACGACAAGUCAAACCCCCACAAAAUACAUGCCAAUUCCACACCCGUCGAGCAGCACGAGGCGGGUCGGAUCCCGUUACGCUCCCAUGCGACGCCCUCCACGCCAAAUCAGGCACCGUUCUCCUUUUUUACAGAUACACCCCCAUCCAUGACCCCGAAGACGUUGCAGCAUUCCAAAAAGAUUUGUGUACACGGUUAGGACUCAGUGGCAAGCUCCGAAUUGCACACGAGGGGCUGAAUAUCACCGUUGCGGGAGAAACGCGGAAUAUCACAGAGUAUGUGGAUGUCAUGGUAGAGCAUGAGGUGUUGAGCGGGUUAGAAUUGAAGAAUGAUGCAGAGAGACGACGGUUGUUUUUUAAACCUUCUGAAGGGUGUGUGCAUGUAUUUGAUGGGUUGAGCGUCAAGGUCGUUGAUGAGAUUUGUCCAUUUGGAGUACGAGAUUGGGUUCCAAAAAGGAUGAGAGGAGGGAUAUGGGAAGAAUCCAAUCAAUAUGACCCAUCUACACCCGAAUCAAAGGAUCCAAAAGUCGUUGCUCUCGCACCACCCGAGUUCCAUUCCCUCCUCUCAACCCUCCCAAACAACAAGGACGACUAUAUCCUCCUGGACGUGCGUAACCACUACGAGACGCGCAUUGGUCAUUUCCCAUCCGCUGUUCUACCCCCCAUCCGCCGCUUCUCCACCCUCCCCACCUACAUUCACCAAAACAAGCCAACCUUUUCCUCCCGAAAGGCUAUUCUGACUUACUGCACCGGUGGAAUCCGCUGUGAAAAAGCCUCGGCUUGGUUGAGUGAGGAAAUGGGAGUACCCGUCAUCAUGCUCGAGGGGGGCAUACACAAUUAUUUAGAAUGGGUCAAGGAAAGUGGAGGGGAGAGUUUAUUCAAGGGCAGGAAUUAUGUGUUUGAUGCUAGGCAGAGUCUUGGGGUGCAAAACGACGUGAACGAGGAUGCAGUGUCGUUUUGUUACAAGUGUGGUACACCUACCGCUGCCCUUCAAAAAUGUAUCGGUACCGGAUGUCAUUUAUUGGUGACAUGCUGCACCCCCUGCUUUGAGUCGCACUCUGUAAAGAGUCCAACUGAAAAUAUGGGUAUGUAUUGUUGUACUGCAUGCAGGGAGAUUGAUGUAGAGAAAACGACCCAUGAAGCGAAUUGGCAUAAAGAUGCAAGUCUGUCAUCCGAUACUCGGGGAAAACCUAAACCUAAACGACGAUUAUGUAGUUGUGAAAUCGAACGACGACGGCAACUUUAUUCAAAUGGGAAUAACACAACCCCAGUAAACCAGGAAGGAGGGAGAUAAAAAUAAAUUAUAUAUAUUACUAUUUUAGAAACUAUAGUUUUCUUUUUUUUUUUUUGUAUAAAUUAUGCCCAGAUGGCCACACUUAAUCAUCUAAAUCAUAUAUGAGCGUAUUCACAAA